AUGGCGGCUCAAAAUGUCCGGAGUGACGAAUUCCCCGUCCCGAGCCGUCGUGCAGCAGGCCUCGUCGGCGGAGUCGCGACGGAAGUAACCUCGUUGGGCUUCUCGGACAAGAUCCUCGUCACCAUCAGCCAGGGUGGAAGGCUUUCGCAAUGGAUCCAAGUCCCACUCACGGGCAGCUCAGCAGGCAUGGUUGAGAUGACGCUGCCGAGCCUUGGCUCUGGCCUCCUGCCCUCGGCCCAUCUCACGCCCAAGACGCUGCUGGGGGGCGGAGGUGACGACCGCGAAACUGUCGGACAGCUGUACGCAGCGCAGCUGGCAAGCCACUUGUCUUUGCGCUCUCCCGAUGACAGGAGGAUUCUUGUGCUAGGAUUGGGAUUGACAGGUUUUGACACACAGCGAGAGACAUUUUUCGACUUGUUUGAGCUUGCCCAGAAGGUCCUGUGA